CAGUGGCACCGUACUGGAAGUUAUUGACUAGAUGAACUGACAUUGUCGUGCACGAGAGUCAAAGUGGCAGUUGAUGGUAUCUUAGAAUAUUGCUCAAUACAUCCAGGAAUGUUCAAAGCUCGUUCCAUUUAUACUAAUUUCUGUUCAUUAACUGCGGACACAUAUUCUGUGAAUUAUAUCAGGAACUUAUAUCUUUAGUUGACAAGAUGGGAAACGGGUCUUCUAUAGAAUCGUCUAAGACAAUAUUCCUGGAUAUAAACGAUAAAGAAGAGAAGAUUGUGUUUAGUCGUCACUGUAGUUCAAGGGACAUUCAUGAAUUAAUUGCAACAAUAGCAGCAGUAAACAGGCACUCCACAAUUUCUAUUAAAGAUGAAAAUGGCGCGCACAUAUCUCUGUCACCAACUAUGCCAGCAAAUAACCAAGGAUGUCCUUACAAAGUAUAUAUUAAAGAACCAAAUGAACCACAAGGAGAUUCUGAAGCCUUUCAAACAGUUCUUACCCAGGUCACAGAACAAAUAAACAGGGUUUUCAAAAUGGAGGAAUUAAAAUCUGAGUUAAGUACAAGAUUAACGACGCUGGAGAAAAGAUUAGAAAUUGAAGGUUUAAAGGUAGUUGAGAUCGAGAAAUGUAAAAGGGAUAUAUCAGAUAUAAAAGAUCAAAUAUGGAACGCUCAGAAGAAAUACACAGACAAUGAAAUUCAGCUAUGUUCCAAGAUCGACAAAAUUAAAAUUCCUAGACAUAAUGUGGCUACGUUUGAGAAGUAUACAUUAUCACAAGAAACUGUGGAUUACGUUAAACAACCCACCUUUGAUAUCUGGCACUGGGAACCUAAUGAGAUGUUGAGUCUUUUAGAACAUAUGUACCAUGAGUUGGGCUUAGUUCAUGAAUUUAAUAUGAAUCCCAUCACAUUAAAACGAUGGUUGCUUUGUGUUCAAGAGAAUUACCGCAACAAUCCAUUUCAUAAUUUUCGUCAUUGUUUCUGUGUGACCCAGAUGAUGUACGGUAUGAUACAGCUGUGUACAUUAUGGGAUUUCGUAUCCCGGGAGGAUCUUGGGAUAUUGAUGACAGCUGCUGUCUGUCAUGAUCUCGAUCACCCUGGUUACAAUAAUACGUAUCAGAUUAACGCUCGUACAGAACUUGCCAUUCGCUAUAACGAUAUCUCUCCAUUAGAGAACCACCAUUGUGCUGUUGCCUUCCAAAUCAUUUCCAAUCCAGAAUGCAAUAUUUUUGCAAAUGUAGACAAAGAUACUUUUAAACGUGUUCGAGCAGGAAUUACUAUGUUAAUUCUUGCUACUGACAUGGCUCGUCAUGCUGAAAUCAUGGAGAGUUUUAAAGAUAAAUUUAACAAAGGGUUUAAUUUCAAGAAUAAAGAACAUCUAGACACGUUAAAAAUGGUGUUAAUUAAGUGUUGUGAUAUAUCAAAUGAAGUUCGUCCAAUGGAAGUAUCAGAACCGUGGGUUGAUUGUCUUCUAGAAGAAUAUUUUAAUCAGUCAGACCGAGAGAAAAGUGAAGGAUUACCAGUAGCACCAUUCAUGGAUAGAGAAAAAGUAACUAAACCAACCGCCCAAAUUGGUUUUAUUAAAUUCGUCCUAAUACCUAUGUUUGAAACGGCAGCAAAUCUGUUUCCACAAAUCGAUGACGUGAUGGUGAGGCCUUUAAGAGAAGCUAAAGAUCGUUAUGAAGAGAUGAAAUCACAGGAAGACAAUCUUAAAGAGUAGCCAGGGAGUAAAGCUCAGUAAAACACUGUGAAAUGUGCCUGAAGAGUUUAAACACAGAUAAAACAUAUCAAAACUACAGUAUCAAAAUGAUACCCGAACGAGAUUUCAAAUAGAACAAUUUGUUUUAUUUGCCUUGGUGCAUUUUAUUGAAUCCAAAUGGCAUACUUAUAACAAUUGUAAGAUCUCUUGAAUGUGUAGUGAGGAAGGGAACUGGUUGAUGAGGUAUUAUAUUUGUUAUCUAUAGAUGAACUAUAUUAUAUAGAAAUUUUGUAUAAAAAAAAUCAAAUAUUACACACUGUACUUUAAUUGGUCAAAAGUGUUUUCAAAAAUAGAGUAUUUGUAAUUUAUUUUUAAAUCAUUCAACACUCAAAAUGAUGAUAAUGUGAUAAUUUCAUUUAAAUAGAAUAAUCUAUUUUAUUAAUUUUACAUAAUUUUGUCAUCAUUUUAGAUUUAUUUCUUGCAUUUUGUUGUUAUGUGUAUUGUAGAAUACAUUUCCCCACGACACUCCACUUUAGCAAAUAAUAUAUUUAUCAAUAAACAAUAGAUAAUGCAUUUAUUAUUUAAAUUGUCAUUCUAUGCAUAAUGCUUUAUUUUAUAAAGUGUUAUAUUUUGUAUAUACACUAUUUUAACAUAAUGUUAAUUAUAUCUUUUAGAAUUCUCUAUAAAAAUGUUGUGACUUUGCUGGACCUUAUUAGUCAUUCAUAACAAAUCGAUUAUUACCGCAAUCCUUUUGAAUGCCCUCGGGUGCAUCGAUGUGUGAAUCCCAUUCUUCCGGAAAAUCUUUUACUGUUAUGUCUACGAGCUUAAUGAUUACAAGCUUGAUUGACAAAAUUUAAAAAAGAAAUCACAAUUGCUACUUCCAUGGUUUACAAUAUGAAGAAACGUGCUACUUCGAUACUUUGAGUAUUGGCUCAGAGAUUGUUCAGACAAGACUGGUUAUUCUGUAUUGCUAUUUACAAGAGAGAUUUUGGGAAAAUGGAUAAGCUUUGUUAAUCGGGAUAUGACCUGACCUCCGUUUGUUAAAUGUACUUCUGCCUUCUCUGUUCCACGUAAAGAUUGGAUGGGUUCAACCGUAAGAUUGACAUAUUUUGAUUGACAACCCUAACGCGAUUUGUGCAAUAAAAGAUAUAAAUAUU